AUGUCCAUUACGCUCAAGAGUUUUGUCCAGAACUGCAAGGUUCUUAAUGGUCUUGUCACUCCCCUCGCCAACAUGUAUGCCAACGCUGCUGGUUAUAGAAAAAUCGGUCUCCGUUACGAUGACUUGAUCUCUGAAGAGAAUGAGUUGGUUCAGGAAGCUCUUCGUCGCCUUGAAAUUGCCGAGCCCCACGAAAUGUACGAACGCGCUUACCGUAUCCGUGUUGCCCAACAGUGCUCGUUGACCCACUCUCUUUUGCCCAAGGAGCAAUGGGUGACUCCUUCAACUGACAAGUCUUAUCUCCGGCCCUACAUUGAAGAAGUUGCUGCCGAAUUUGCUGAACGUGGUCAAUUUGACAACAUCAAGGUCACUCCCCGUCACUAG